GUCACAGUCCCCUUCCGUGUCGCUGCAUUCCGCGGGUUCACAGCAGCGCCCGUCAUGGAUGCGCCUUUGGCGCAUCCGGUGCAAGCAGAGUUCCGGAUCGUCAUUCUGGAGGCGACCAACGUGCCCAAAGAGUGCAAAAGCUUGGCCGUCUCCUGGAAGAAAGGUGCCAAGGAGGCGCUCGUGCAGCGGAACCGUGCCGAGUGGAAUGAAGCCUUGAAGAUCACCACCGCCCUCUGCCGCGUCGGCAGCCAGGAGCACUUCCAGGCCAAGUUCUGCUGGCUCCAGGUCACCUCGGAUGACGCCCUGCUGCUCCACGACAAGGUGAAUCUGGCGGAGUUUUGCGAUGGCCAGGUUCGUGAGAAAACCCUGCAGAUGAAGGCUGGACUUGGGCACUGACCCCGCUGGGCAGGGACCGCGGCAGGACGCGACGCCGGCAGCGACGCCGGCCGCGCGGCGUGUGGCGUGCGACGCGACGCCUCGUGCGAUCGUUGCUGGAGUUUUUGGGUGCAUGGAAAAGUCUGCCCGUAAAGUGUCUGAGAUGUUCAGAUCGAUAUGCAGUGGUUGAAAGUAGAUACCCUAUAUUAGACUCCCCGUACGGGCACAGUCCCCAAGUGAGAUGCUGCAUGGCCUUGACCAAGAGACACUUCGUUGAACUGGGAACCGAAUGCUCCUUUCACAGACCAGACCAGUUCCCCAGACCAUCCAUGG